UUGUCGGUUAUCCCAGUAUCGUCAGUACCCUCCCCGAGUUUCUAUAUCUUCUCGAUCUCUCUUCCUUUUCUUCUUUCCUCUCCUUUCUUUUAUCUGUCUGUCUUACCUCGUCUCGCUCACAACAUGCCUCCCACCGUGAUCCACAUCAGCGGCGUGGUACUCCUUCGAUACAUCACCUCGAAUCUUCACGUCCAGAACUGCGAUGUCCAAGCGCACUGGGUUGCCCGAGAGCAGGAGUCUUUUGACCCAAGUCAGUUCGACCUCCUGAGAAACCCCCUUCCGGAUGACCUCGGUUUCCGACUACCAGAGAUGGCACAGCUUCUGGCGGUCGAUCUUCCCACUGCCUACGGUCAAGGUUACACCUUGAUGUCCCAGAUUCACUAUUUUCUGCACCGCAACCACGCAAGAACCAUCAGUAUCUGGACUCCUACUCCCCAUAUCGCUCAGUCAUGGGCUGUCCUUCUCGGCACCUUCUUCUUGGACACGGAAGACAUCGCUCGACGAAUUCGAAUCACGUGGCGCACCGCUUCUGGCGAUCAGCAAAUUCCGGCACAGUAUGAUGUCCAAAUUCAACUUCAUCGAGAAGACUUUUCUGUCGUGCAACAAAGCGUGAUGACUCACGAUGCGUCGCCAAUCGUCAGAAGAGCUAUCAGAGGAGAUUCGGCCGUCUUAGCCAUUCGCUCUUCUCCCUUGGGAAGAGCAUGA